AUGUCUCAGGUCAGUACAAUUUACAUUUUUUGUCAGGACCAAGCUCGGCAUGAACAAGGGGCCAAACAGUGGCCAAAACUAAAAGGGGUUUUUACUGAUAUUACUCCAAUAUGUAAAGCCCUUCAACAAGCAGCACAAGAAUGUGAUCAAAACAUGAUAUCUGCCAGUUUUGUCACUGUUAAUAGUGGAUCUACCAAGCAAAAUCUUAACCAAUUAGAUUCCUCAUUCAUGUACACGCAAAUAAUGAAGGAAAUUUUACUUAAAAUUGAUUUCAAUCAACAACACAUCAAGGAAUUUACUAUGCACUGUCGUGACAUUUUUGCUAAUAAUCCGUUCGAACUUCAAUAUGUCAAGAAACUCGAACACGAAUACUUUAAGCAUAUCCCGGUUUGGUGGUAUACGAACCAGUGUUUUUUGUACUCUAUGCUCAAUCGAUCAUUACGAAUGAUGGAAAUCGAUCUCAUCAUAAGCAUGGGAUUUUUUAUUCGUGACCUCUACAAUCACAUCGUUCAGCUUCAUAAGGAACAAUGCGUCGAAAACACACAUGAGAAAUUCUUUACUGUUUACCGUGGUCAAGGCUUAUCCCAAGACGACUUGGAUCGAAUGAUGAAAACACCAGGUGGACUUUUAUCAUUUAAUAAUUUUCUAUCAACUAGUAUCGAUCGUCAAAUAUCUCUUAAUUUUGCUCGUCAAACCACGGAAACAUCUAAUCUUGUUGGUAUUUUAUUUGUCAUGAGAAUUGAUUCUUCUAUUCUGUCAACACCAUAUGCUAACGUUCGUGAUGUUAGCUAUCUUAAAGGAGAAGAAGAAAUCCUCUUCUCAAUGAAUUCUAUUUUUCGCAUAGGAUCAAUAAAAUAUACCGAUGAAAACAAUUGUGUUUGGCAAGUCGAGUUAACACUCUAUAGUGACAACGAUCCAGAUUUAAAUAUACUUACUGAACAAAUACGCAAAGCGACCUAUCCUGAGAAGAAGGAGUGGGAUCGUUUGGACCAUUUACUAAUUAAAUUGGGACAAUUCAAUAAAGCUCAAGAAGUUUAUGAAAUACUGUUUGAACAAGCAAAGACGGAUUCAGAGAAGGCAUUAAUGAGUCAUAUGCUUGACUGGGUCAAACGUAAUCAAGGCGAAUAUAAAGAUGCUAUUACAUAUUAUAAAAAGUCCAUUAAAAUUAAAGAAAAGAUUCUCUCACCAACGGAUCUCAGUUUGGCUGCUUCUUACAACAAUAUUGGUUCGGUGUAUAACAAAAUGGAUGGCUAUUCGAAUUCACUUUCAUCGCAUCAAAAAUCACUAGAAAUCAAACAAAAAAUCCUCCCUUCAAAUCAUCUUGACUUGGGUACGUCAUACAACAAGAUUGGUUCCGUGUAUGCCAAUAUGGGUGACUCGCCAAAUGCGCUUUCAUUCCUAGAAAAGGCACUUGCUAUUUGGCAAAAAUCACUCCCGUCAACACAUCCUCUUUUAAAAACACGGAUGAAUAAUAUUUACUAUGUGAAAAAGAAUAUGUAA